AACAAACACGUGCUUGUUUAACACGAGCAAAAGUGUACAAACAUUUUAACGUGUUGAAGAUGUGACCAGCGUAGUUUUCCGAUAAAUAGCCAACUAGUAAAAUAACUCCUAGCUUAUACCUGUGAAUAAUAGGAAUAGCUUCAAUUUUGAAAAUGGUGGGAGACCUCUACAGUGGAAUCAUGUCUCUAUCAGAUCCAAGGACAUCAGAAUGGUUUCUUAUGGACAGUCCAAUCCCAUCUUAUACAGCAACUGCACUCUAUUUGUACUUGGUGUGGAAGGGACCAGUAUGGAUGAAAAGCAGACCAGCAUACAAACUAAACAAAGUGUUGGUUGUUUAUAAUUUAGGCCUUGUGUUCCUAUCUGUAUACAUGUUUUGGGAGAUAUUUGCAAGUACUGUACUGAAUGCCAGCUUUAGCUUGGUUUGUCAACCAGUGGAUACCAAAGAUGAUCCCAUGGCAAUUAGAUUGGCUAAUGUAUGCUGGUGGUAUUUCUUUUCCAAGAUAAUUGAGUUUAUGGACACAUUUUUCUUCAUCCUGCGAAAAAAGAACAAUCAGAUAACAUUCCUCCAUGUGUACCAUCACUCUACUAUGGUGUUACUGUGGUGGAUUGGAGUCAAGUUUGUACCAGGAGGUGAAUCCUAUUUUUCUGCCUUGGUUAACAGCUUGAUCCAUAUUCUGAUGUACACUUACUAUGGACUGUCUGCCAUUGGUCCACAUAUGCAAAAAUACUUAUGGUGGAAGAAGUAUAUGACAUCUCUGCAGUUGCUGCAAUUUGUAAUUAUUCUGUUCCAUACCAGCUUCGCUAUGUACAAGGACUGUGGUUUCCCAAAUGGAUACAAUGCAGCUCUCAUCCUCUACAUGGUCUCCCACAUAGUUCUCUUUGGCAAUUUCUACCAUCAAACAUACAACAAGAGAAAGGAAAUUGCCAAGCCAUAUGAAAAUAUUACUAAAAACAGCAGUCUUAGAACGCAAAAAAUAUCUCAUGGAGAGUAAUUGGAGAGUGCUUUUUUAAAAGGUUUUGGAAUAUAUAUAUAUAUUCUAAAAUAUGAUCAUAGUUAUUUAUCAAGUGUGCCAUACCCAUAUGUUGGCUUUCCCUUUUCAGUCAUUUCAUCCAAAGAUAAAUGUACACCUCAAUCAAAACUUAAACCCCUAGCAGAUAAAUGAGAUAUUCUCAGCAUUCUGAAGCAAUUUCUAUAAGAUAAUAGGAAUGUUUUUGUUGGGUAUAUUGAUUUUGAAUUUUUAACUGUAUUUUUUCCAAGUUUGCUAUGAAAGGUAUUUCUGCAACCACUGUAAAUUAUUGAAAUACAUUUUAUACCAGGAAUUAUUUACGUUCAAUUUGAUAGGUUGUGAAGAACCAGAUUUCUUGUUCAUAUUGAAUUAUAGUGCUUAAUCUGAUAGCAACAGUUAUUGUGGCAACUGAUAAAAGCUCAUUAUUUUGGGC